CAAUCCUCGUCUUCCCACCUCACUCCCACUCCCACUCCCAGGGUCAGCCGCCACCCCCUGCUCCCCUUGUCUCUCUCUCUCACCGCAGCAGAGUAGAUCCGGGAGCCACACCCUACGGGAUGCUCGCCGGAAAGCUGGGAGGAGCACUAGGGAUGGAUCAUCUGCUUGCUUAGUCGAGGAGCGAUUCGUUUAGUUCAUCACAUCUUUCCAUCCGCAUCCUCACCCCCAUCUGGCAGCAAGCAACAAUUCUAGGUAAAUCUGAUUUACUUUCGCCUACUACCUAUUCCCCCCGAUCUACUAGAUCAGCGACAAGUAAUAUGGAUCCGAGGAAGUAGUUGAUUUACUUUACUUGGAGUCAACUCGUAUUUUUUUGCAAACUAAUGAUUCGUGCGUGCUCUCAUGUUUCAAGCGAGACUAAGAUAGUACUGUACUCAUAUAUAACUUGCCCAAGUGCCCAGUUAAUUAAUGGAUCCCCGAGGUGGCAUAACACAAAUCGAGCUGGAGUACAUGGUACACGAUGAAGAUGCAGAGCCCAUUGCCCUGCCACUGCCACUUCUGGAGAAAAUCACAAAUUAUUUUUCUCACGAGUUGAUAAUUGGAAGAGGUGGCUUCGCGGUGGUUUAUAAGGUAUCUCGGGUGCUGCUGCUGCUGCAGGCAGUGCUUGAUAAUGGCAUUGUCGCUGUGAAGAGGCUGUUCGAUACGCACAUGCAUGAGGAACAAUUCCAGGGUGAGGUGGAAUGUCUCAUGAAGGUGAAGCACAAAAACAUUGUACGAUUUCUUGGAUAUUGCGCCGACACGCAAGGGAACAUUUCAGACUACAAAGGGAAAAUGGUUAUGGCAGAUGUGCAGCAGCGAUUGCUCUGCUUUGAAUAUCUACCUAAAGGAAGUCUUGAUGGUUAUAUAACAGAUUCACCCGGAGAACUUAACUGGAGAAAGCGAUACGAUAUAAUAAAGGGUAUCUGUGAAGGGUUAAAUUAUCCUCACCAGAACAAUAUUCUGCACUUGGAUCUAACACCCGGAAAUAUAUUAUUGGAUGAGGAUAUGAUGCCGAAAAUUACUGAUUUCGGAUUGUCAAGGUGUUUUGAGGAAGACCAAACAGGGGUCAUUAUUAAAAAUGUGGCCGGAAGAAGGGGAUAUUUGGCGCCGGAAUGCUAUAACAAGGAAAUCGUACUCACGCACAAGUUUGACUUAUAUAGUCUUGGUGUUAUAAUGAUAGAGAUACUGACCGGAAAGAAGGGGUGUCAAGUUACUAUUGAGAAUGUACUUCAAAUUUGGAAUAAUACGGUGUUGGAUGCACUGCAGUGGGAUCAAAUACGAGUAUGUGCGAAGAUUGGGAUGGAGUGCACAGAAGUCGAUCCGGCAAAGAGACCAGCUAGUAUGAAGCACAUAAUGGAUUGGCUUGCUGAAAUAGAAUGUAGUACGCAUGUAAUCCCAGCAGGUGGGACAAGAGAGCUUCUUCUCAUUCACCCGUCCGCGCUUUGCUUCCCCUUUGAGCCCAACAAGGCUAUCACAUGCCCGCUGCAGCUAGCAAAUAACACCGAUAAGCAUGUUGCAUUUAGGCUUAUGGAUAAUAGCAUGGAGUCUUCCUUCCUAAGGCUGCCAUUGUAUGACGUUAUGCCACCUAACACACCUUACACUCUCAUUGUGACAACACAAGAGAAAGAAGAUCUACCACGAAAGUAUAUCAUAGAUGUGAUCCUCCAAAGUGCUACAUUAAUAUUGGGGGAUGAUGAUCAUAUAAACACUUUCCGAAGCCAGCCAGACAAGUUUUUUCAAGAGACGGGGAAUGAUAUACAGGUGGUGAAACGGAAAGCACUUUAUACCUUGACACACAUCGCAACGUCAUUCUCUAAGCCAAUUUUGUCCACAGUCAAGGUACACGUCUACAUAGAAAUGCAUCUCAGUUGCUUGGACACAAACCGAGCCAAGCAGUGGAUAAUAAUAGGAGAUGAAAAUGGACACGUUGGCUUUUGGGACUAUCCGACACAGAAAAAAGUGGAUGCGCUUAAAGUCUCAGCGAGUCGUGUUACGUGCAUUAGAUUCAUUGAACGGAAGCAAUGGAUUGUUGCUGGGACAGAAGAUGGGUAUCUCCAUGUGUACAGCUAUGAAACAAGAAUUCAGAAGAUCACGAGUUUAAGAGUUGGUGCCAUUGAGAAUCUGGAGUCACGGGCUGCUCAUACCCAUCUGGCCAUCCAUCCAACCCAGCCAUAUUUGUUGUCGGUGUAUGGUUUUAAAGUGAAACUUUGGGACUGGGACGUGGGCUGGGAGUGCAUACAAACAUUUGAGAAUGAAGAGCUUAUGACAAUAUUUCGAGUCGCAUUUAACCCAAAUGACACAUUUGCGACUGCUUCGAUGGAUUGCACAGUGGAGGUUUGGAGUCUUGAUUCUCCCGAAUUUAUAUACACUCUAGUAGGGCAUUCGAGCAUAGUGAAUUGCCUGGAUUUCUUCACAUGUGAUGAUCAGGAGUAUUUGGUUACUGGCUCACGUGAUCAGACUGCAAAGAUAUGGGAUCUGCGGAAGAUGAUGUGUAUACAUACACUUGAGGCUUUCGUAUCUCCAGUAAUGUCUCUCUUGUACCAACCCGAUCUUCAGAUUCUAAUUACAGGUUCAAAAGAUGGCGCUAUUUAUUUGUGGAGCACCACAAACUGCGGGAAUUAUUCAUGCCCCCCGACUCUUAAUAGAGUCAUCAAGAUUGGUUGUGUUGGAGCUGUCUACCAUAUCGCAUGUGUGAUGGGAGGGCUUGUGAUUGGAAAAGAAAAUGCAGUGGCAAUUAUGGAUAUCGAUGAUGUGAAUUAUCAGGAGCAACCAACUGAUAAAAGUGAGCAGCAAUUAAGUGCAUGCACGACACACCAUGCCGGAGACAUGUCUAAGGAAAAGGCAGGGUCCAUCAGCAAGCUACUUGAUGUCCACCCGCUGGAACUCCGCUUCCCCUAUUGUCCCGAUGAGCCUAUCCCUUGCUCACUGCACCUAACAAACAACACAGAUGAAAAUGUGGCAUUUAGACUUGUAGACAAGAGUGGCAAGUCCCCAUGGUGCUUCGCAAAGUUGCCGUUGUGCGGCAUUGUACCUCACGGAUCCACUUACACUUUGACUGUGACAAUGAAGGAGGAGAUGAAGCUAAAGGAAGAGACAGACUUUGAUCUCGUUAUUCAGAGCAGUUUAUUGGGAGAUAAGUACAUCGAGGUAUUCAAUGACCAAUCUGAGUCUGAUACAUUUUUCAAAGAAGCCAAACAGUUUGGGAAUAUGGUGCAUGAAGUGACACUGAAAGCUGUUUAUGUGCAGUACGGAGAGAUCACAUCUGAGAAUAUAUCUGUGAAGUACAAUCCUGACUCUUUGUGGUCCCUGGAUGCACAUCCAACAGAACCUUGGAUUUUAACAGGUCAUAAUAGUGGAUAUGCUAGCAUAUGGAACAAUGAGAUGAAGUUCCUGAUUAAUUCGUUUAAAGUCUCAGAUCAGGAUGCAGUAAGCUGCGUCAAAUUUAUUGCAAGAAGGCAACUGAUUGUAGCUAUACAGAUCGUGCUCACCUCCAUGUGUAUGACUGUUCAUGUGUAAAAAAUCGAAAAGAUCUGUUUUGAACGUGGUGAUUACGGGACCAGUACACUACUAGCUGUUCAUCCGAUCCUACCAUAUGUGUUGGCAUCAGGUUUAAUGCUUUUAAACUGGGACCUGAGCUGGAAGACCACACGAAUAUUUGAGUCUGAGGCUGUCACAGCAGAGGCAGUUGCGUUCAACACAAGGGACACCAACAGUUUUGCGAGUGGGUCUUAUGAUGGCGAAGUACAGGUUUGGAGGUUCGAUUCCUCCGACCCGGAAUAUUCUUUGCUUGGACAUUUGAAGAAGGUGACAUGCCUUGAUUUUGUCACAUGUGGAGAUCAACAGUAUUUGAUCAGUGGAUCUUAUGACGCCACUGUCAAGAUCUGGGACUUGCAGAAAAGGGAGUGCAUUUGUACGCUGGAAGCUAUGUCGCCAGUUCAUUGUGUCCUUGCCCAUCCAAACCUUCCAGUUAUAAUUACAGGAACAGAACAUGGCAUCAUUCAUCUGUGGAACUCCACUGAUUUCAGGCUAAAGAGAACCAUUAGCUUAGGUGGCGGUGGACCUGUUAUCACUCUCGGAUGUUUGAUGGGUUCACCAAGGGUUGUGAUUGGACAAGAGAACGCAUUUUUUGCCAUGGAUAUCCACGAUGACUGGGGCGGCCAACCCCAGGGGAGAGAUAAUUUCAUUGGUUUGCUUGGUUCCUCUCUGGAGGAAGGGUUGCAUGCCAAGAGACAUAGACAGUGGUGAGUCACACCGGCGGCUAACAAUGCAGCCGCGCCGAUUGGGAGACGGGCGACCUUUUUUCAUUUUGAUCGAUGUGAAGAUGGAGCUCCAGUGUAUGUAUUCCCAUCAACGAAUAAUCAUGGAUGACCAGAGUAAGUAUGUUAAGGGAUUCUGUUGCUGACACACAAGAGAAGCGAUGUGGCGCUUUUGAUCUUCUAGUCCCCGACUCAAGACGCAAGUUCCCAUUCGAGCUCCUGCGUCCAUGCAAAGAAACUCAUUGUGUAGGAACUCUGUAUAGAACCGAGCUUUCCUCUCACAUCCUCGGUCGGGAACAGACAUGUCACACUUGGUUGACAGUUACCAUCUACAUUAUGUUAUCAUGCUUAUUGUAAUGCUUUGUUUGUUAUGAACUUAUAAUACCUCAAGAGCGUGUUGGAUAGCGAUCUUUGGGUGGAGUAUUAAUUUUAGAUGUAGUUGGAUUAACGGUCUACACAUCAUGGACGUAAUGUCUAUACAAGAUUGUGCUAUGCAUUUUAUAUAGAGUUUUCAUGUGCUUCA